AAGGCGGAAGGACCCGCCAGCCCAGCAUCCGAGCGCCGAGCGGCCCCUCGCACCGCAGCGCCGGGCCGGAGCCCCCGGACGGAGGCCGGCGCCAUGCGCGCGGCGCUGCUGGGGCUAUGCAACUGGAGCACGCUGGCCGUGUGCGCGGCGCUCAAGCUGCCGCAGGUCUCCGCGCUGCUGGCGGCGCGCAGCGCGCGGGGCCUCAGCCUGCCGAGCCUGCUGCUGGAGCUGGCGGGGUUCCUGGUGUUCCUCCGGUACCAGGUGUACUACGAGUACCCGCUGCUCACCUACCUGGAGUACCCCAUCCUCAUCGCACAAGAUGUCAUCCUGCUGCUCUGCGUGUUCCGCUUCAGCGGGAACGUGUACCGGGCGGCGCCCUACCUCGCCCUGUUCGUGGCAUCCUGGUUCCUCCUCUCCCUGCGGAAGUGGGUCAUGGACCUGGCCAUGAACCUGUGCACCGUCCUCAGCGCCGCCAGCAAACUGGCGCAGCUGCAGUGCCUGUGGGCGGCCCGCGACGCGGGCGCCGUGAGCGCGCUCACCUGGGGCCUGGCCGCCUACACCAGCGCCACAAGAAUCAUAACCACCUUGCUGACCACCAAUGACCUCACAAUCCUCGUGCGCUUUGUGAUCAUGCUGGCGUUGAACCUGUGGGUGACGGCCACCGUGCUCCGAUACCGGAAGGCGGGUGUCAAGGCCGAAUGAUGGAUCCGUAAUUCUGACACACAGUGGACUUCGAGUGACCGGACCAAAGGAAAGAAGAGCUCAUUGCUAAAUCGAAGUCUUUUAUAAACUAGUCAGUCGUUUCUGGAUCUCUGGAGCCAAAGGUAUUUUAGACGUGAGCCAUUCAAACACAUGUUUAAAAAGGACCCCCUCCCCCACUUUAUUAGGUCAAGUUGAGGCUGGUGGCUAAUGGGAACCAUCCCAAGAACCACUGGGAGAUGGCUUUUACGUUCUCUCCAAAGAGCUGGCUGCAUCCAUUUUUCAGCUUCAGAAUUUUUUAAGGAACAAGUCCCCUCUCUCCACAGCACACAUGAGCGCCUAGUGGGGUUCUGCUCGGUCAGAAGGAGAAUUGUGAUCCAUCACUAGGGGGGUUCACUCUCGGGGACGAGUGUCUAAUCGCAGCAGAGAAGACAGGAUGGCUCUAUGGUAUCGUAAUACAAUGUAAUACCUGCUUAGGCAUCACAGUCUAAGUCAGGCAAGCAGAAACGGAACUGGCUUGAAUUCAUAUGCCAACUCAGUCCUUUACCUUCAUGCUGUGCCUUUAAGUAAUCCCUAACAAACGGGCUAUUAAAUGCAAUCUCUGUGAUGAAGCCUCUCACAUUCUGAUUUAAGCACAAUGCUGCCUUUUUUUAAAAACUGCUUUUAAAAAAAUAUAUAUAUAGUAGUACUUAUACAGACACACACACACCGUACAUAUAUUACUGAUUCUGGAGAGGGAGAUAUAGAAACAUCGAUAAUGAGAAAGAAUAAUUUCACUGAUGGGCUGCCGCCUGCAUGCCUCCCUCUGGGGAUCAAGCCUGCAAGCCAGGCAUGUGCCUUGACCAGGAAUCGAACCGGGACAUCCUGGUUCACAGAACAAAGCUCAGGCACUGACUCACCCGGCCGGGCAAUGCUGCCAUUUUCACAGGGGCCACAGCCAUUCUUAGAAUUCGGUACAAAAUACAGCUUAUCUUGACCAGGUUUCGUGUAUUGAAAAUAUACGUGGUAAAGAGUAUUGCUGAGUUCUGGCAAUACUUAUGGGCUUUAUUCUCAUUACAGUAUCAUAUUCUAAACAUGACAAGAUUAUUAUGUACAUGGUAUUUUUCUAUAAAAGUUUAUAAAGCUUAACACUGAACAAACUCUUCUCCCCUUGCAACUGAAUGGCAUUAUUUUGGUGUGUAUAUACAUAUAUGCAGUAAGUAAAUGAUACUAUUUAGAUGUUUUGGUUUCCUGUGUAAAAUAAACUUUCCAAUUUUGAA